GCCAUGGGGGCUAAGCUGCCGCUCCUCUGCGCCGCGGCUGCGCUGCUUUGCGCGGCGCCGCCGGGGCAGCCCGGAGCCCGGGGCGCGGCGGCGGGCGCCGUGCUCCCAGCGGGCGAGGAGGACGGGUACGGGGUGAAGCUGUGCGGCCGGGAGUUCAUCCGCGCCGUCAUCUUCACCUGCGGCGGGUCCCGCUGGAAGCGGCUCUCCCUGCUGGCGAUGGAGCCGGCGCCCGCGGCCGAUUCUGCACGAACAGCAAGUAACAAACUACUGGGAAACUUCAGGCUGCCAUCAAUUUUAGGUCCUGAAGGGGAGCAACUGCAGAGAACCAGCCCGUUUCUUGGAUGGGAGACGUUUAAGGACUUGGAUAGUUCAAAUGACUAUAAUGAAUAUGUACCUGUGGCAGAUGACUUCAAAGAACUUGUUCGCCAGGUAGAGGAAGCUGUUCAGAAGGACAGGGGAGGAACAGGAAUUCCAAACCCCAUGGGAUCAAACAGUUAUCUUUGGGCCAGGUACCCCAGAAGAAAACGGGAAUCUCUGGGUUUGGCAGGAAUGUGUUGCAAAUGGGGCUGUACAAAAGCUGAAAUUAGUACUAUAUGCAGAGUUUAAAAUCCUCUCUGCACUUAUGCAUGAAAUCAAUGUUCGUUGGAGUGCUACUUGAUUGAAUACUGUAUGGAGGAAGAAAACUCUCACUGUAUUUUAUUUUGUCUGUAUGUGCCAGUCAAUACUGCUGGUUUUCUUAAAAAAAAAAAAAAAAAAAUCCACAAGUGUAAUUGUAAUGACUUUGUUUUGCUGCAGUAACUUUUAAUCUAUAUUUUUUACUAAGUCUUUUCAUUUUAAUUUCAAGCCUUUACACUUGCAUUACAAAUGUAUUAUAUCUUU